CUGCAGAAUCUGUGAAGUCUACUUUGCCAGAUUGUGUCGGAAGGCACACUGGAUACAAAUUGCACAUUGAGAUCAGGUGUCAUGUCACUGCUUUUGCAACACAGAAGCAGUGAAGCAGCAAACUCUUCAACAAGAGAGCCCAGCUUAGCAUUGUGAACUAAAUAGAUUUGAGAGAAAGAGUACCUUUUACACGCACUAUGUUCAAAAUUAUUGAAGAUAAUGUCAAUGAGAACUAAUUGUACCUGAUCAAUGAAAGACCUACGAGGAAACAUGUCAUAAUCGCAAGGACACUGAUUACCUGUAUUUGGGGAUCUUUGUGUUGGAAAUGUAUGGCUGUAAGCUUGUUACCACAACCUGAGUUGGUUCCGUUGAGGUUAUGUCAACAAGUAUAUACAUGUUAGAAAAUAGGGAGUUGCUCAAAAUGCAGAAACUGGAUGAUGUCCACAAAGGGCAGAGCAGUGCUGGAACCUCGUGAAAAGUUAACGGAAACUAGCAAAUUGAAGUCCCAAAAAGCAGAGAAGUGAAUGAGCCAGUGACAGUUGCAAGUCUUUGGCUUCUUCGCGAGUGAUAAUAAUAACCACCAUAAAAUUACACCAUUUGGGAUAGCCAAGGGGAAUUAUGAAGCAAGGCGACGGUCGAUGAUUUGCAAAUCUUGAAGCAGACGACAGUACACCCUGCAAUAUUUAAUGAUCUGCUUCAAGCUGCAAGGGCCAACAGUAACUUAGAUCCAUCAUCCAUCGUUCAUCAUUGAGCCAUGACCUGAAUGUGUACCUGAUCACCUGCAUCCACACGCCUUGCCUCCCACCUUCGCUUCCCAGCUUCUCCUCACACUCUGCUUUAUGAAAAUCCACUUUGUCCAUGUCCCAUCAGAUAGUGUUCUGACUUCUUCUUCUUCUUGAAGACGGGACGGAAUGUUGCACUAGCUCGACGAAACCUAUCAAUCUGCAUGCACGACGUUUGAAGUUUAAGUUUGCUCAUUGUCUGAUAGAUAUCACAGUCUUGUCACUAAGAUGUUGCUCUUUCCCGGGUCGCAUUCUACCCAAUUGUCUUUAGUAGCCCUAUCAUGCACAUUACGUUAACUUCUUUCGCAUCGCUCAAUGUUUAGUGUACAUUUGGGAUAGCUGAAACAUUCUUGCACUGUGUGGCCUCUCGAUCUGUUUCUGCACUCAUGUAUACCUAGGGGCUCCUCACCUCCUACAUGGUGUGACUUCAUAAAGUUGUUUGAAGGGGGUAUGGUCCUGUAGAGUUUUGUCUACACACACACAAGGCAGUGCCCAUCAGUGCUUUACAGGCUCUGUUGAAAACAUCGUGGCAUCCAGAGGGGGGUCGGAAAUCAUGUCGACUUGCUCGUAGAAAGUAGCUUCGUUCUUUUUUCAGCAAUAUGAAGAAGUACGCUCGACUCAGGUCAACUUCGGUGACAGACCAAUCUGAGCCAUGCCGAAGCCCACACCCUGAUCAAUGCACAACUCUCUCCCUAGAUGACGACCCUCCUUGCAAAUGGAAGAGCAAUAACAUCGCCUCACCCUCAGGCAGCUCCAAACGCGUCGAUGUCCAUUGUGAGAAUGUUGACGUUGCGUCUUCGUCUUCCUCAAGAGUGCAUACGGAGACUCUUAAGAAGUUGAGCUCUCUCAAGGAGAGUAGUCACCUCGAUGAUCUGAAUUUGAAGCCACCGCCAAGGGGUAGAAAUGCGGCACAGUGUGGACCGGGUGAAGUCUAUGGCCCCAAAGUUGAGAGUAACGAGUCCUUGCCUGAUAAUUUGCAAAGGUCAGGAUCAGAUCUAAACAACAGGUGCACGAGCUUUAGUAGUGUUGGGGUUGGUGCAAAGAGGGCGAUGGGGAUUACCAGUAUCUCCGAGUCGCCCUGCACUCUAGCGAUGAAUAAUCGUAAGUUCACUCAUCGAAGAAGCGCUUCUAUGCACGAUCAUGUGGGUCAAUCAGCAAGGCUAAUCUCUGCUGCUAUGAAGCCCACUGCCCAAAGACCGGCUGCAAAGUCAGGUUUAGGUUUUCUAGAAGAAGGUGAAGAAGCAGAAGCAGCAGCAUGGUCGUCCUCGUAUGGCCAGCCCAGAAAUACUUAUGACAAUGCAGCGCCAUCAGCUCGUCGAUUUUGUGCCAGUUCUAUUACCUCUACCAGACUCGCGCAGAACAACUUCUCCUCUCCGCUGCAGAAGAGUUGCCUGUGGGAAGAAGUCGAGGAGGAUGAUUUUAGUGCAGUUAGGGUUGCUAGAGCAUCGGCAAAAGUCAGGGCAAGCGGUGUGCAGUCGAUGCGGUACGAUCGAUUACAACCUGAGGUAUGCAUGGCGGGGGAACUGGGCAAUUCCAUGGACGAGAUGUGCAGCCAGUCCGUGCGGGAGGGAGUGGCGCAUGCGCAGGCCAUUGCGGCUAUGGCUAAAGCGUAUGCGGAGAAGUAUGGCCUGCCGCAGGCGGUGGUGGAGUGUGUGUCAUGUGGGCGGGGGCUAGGUGUGAUCGUUGAGGGGAAUAGCCCAGGUAGCUACGACUCUUCGUUUUGCCGGUCGUGUCGCCCGCCCGUGCUUGCCAAAUCCAACAGCAAAGGAGGGAAGGGUAUGAUGCACUACUGUCGCAAGAUCCUUCUCCGCAUGGGCAAAAAGCCCUCCCACAAAUACACCGUGGUCUGAAAUUAGUUUAUUGGCCCGUUCCUGAACAAUGUAGUUUCAUGCCGGUUAGGAUGAAGCUCCUAUGCCACGCCGGAGAAGAUCUGCAAGUUCAUUUCAGAAGGUCACAUUUGUAAAGCUGUGCUCUACUUAGUCGCUGAUACUCUAGAAUCGAUCAUGGGUUUUUGUUGUGGAAUGAAUCUUCACAUAAGUUGAUUAGAUGUCAGUUCUAUACAUAAUACGACGGUAUGAUUUCUUGGCGGUUGCAAUUGA